AUGGAGAAUUUCAUUGGUUGUUUAGUGUCUUUGGACUGUGGCAAGACACUUGGAACCUACCAAGGUCAGAUUGAAUCUAUUGAUGCUGUUCAAAGUACAGUGACUUUAGUUAGGUUGUUCAGGAAUGGGGUGCCGUAUCAAUUGCCCCAAGUCACUAUCAGAUCUGAAGAUAUUAAUGACUUGAAAAUCAUAAAAUAUGCUGACUUAGUGAAUAAAGAGAGUAAUGAAUAUUCCCACUCACAUGCAUCUAAUCUGACAUCAAUGUUAACAGCAACUACAUCAAUUACAACAACAAUCCAAAUAUCUUCUGAACCAGCUGUAGCUCCAAUUAUGGCUCCAGUGCAGCCAGCAAACAGCACAAAAAUUGAUCUUCCUUCCAUGUUUUCCAAAACGAAAUAUUUCCAAAGUUUAGAUGCAGCUAAGCAUGACAGCUACUAUUCAUCGAUGAAAGCUCCAGCAGCUAAUAAGCCAUACAAUAAGCAGCAUGCCAAUAUUUCAAGUGAUGAUUUUAUACACGAACAGAUUUUUACUAAUCAGAGCAGACGACAUAAAACGAGCAUUACUCCGCCGAAUAACUUUGGCAGACAACAUUACUGUAGCGAACUUGAGGAUAGUUUUAACAACCUGAACAAAACUGAAGAUAACCAAAGACAGAAAAUGAACAAAUCAUUCAAUCCUUAUCAUCAGUUUUCACUGACUUCUACGAAGACAACCACACAAUCAGGUGUUACAUUCACCAGUUCACCAAACUACAACACUCAGCAACAACAACAAAAUCCGAAAAUGGUUUCUAAUUACAAAGGUUCAACUAAGGAUAGUCAUGCCAACAGAAAUCAGCUGUUGAAAAUUUCAAAUUCGUUCACAGAGCCGUAUGGCACCCACGCUAGCAUGCAUUCACACAAAGCUCACGAAUCCUCUAACCAGUCACCAUCACGAAAACCUCGCAACACACCGAAACGAAACAACUCGGACUGUUUCAACAACUGUGAUGACAACUUCAAAGACGAUUUCGACUUUGAGAAAAAUCUUGCCCUCUUCGACAAAGCAGCAGUGGCAAUGGAGAUAAAUUCAGCAGCCAACUCUGCACAGCUGACCACAACAAUGGCGGCCGCCCCAUCAGGCCACAGCAACGUCAAACAACAACUACUUUUCAAUGCAUCACUCAUCCCAGAGCGGGAACCAAAGUAUAAAUGCGAUGAGAAUAUUCUAAGGGGGAUUAAAACAUCAAAGAGGCAGAUCUAUUUUCCGGAUGCCCAACAAAGCCAACCACCGAAGCAGUUUACUUACAACAGCACGCUACAGCAGCAGAAGCACAACAUUCAGCAACAACAACUGCCUGUGAAUCAUUUGAUACUGGGGGAGUACAAGACCGAUGCUGAACUGAUUGUGCCAGGGCUGUCCAAGAACUUCCGAGCCAAAUUAUUUACCACGUCGAGUAGGUGGGGCUUCAGCUUGUUGAGGCUUGUUGAAGCAUUUGGUCGGGGCGUGUGUGAAGCUGUCAUUCAGUACUUGGGUGGCUGUGCAAGAUUUGAAGAGAAGAAUGCCCACCAGAGACCGACCAUUGUGUACCUGGUUGGUUCUCGAUCCUGGCAAUCUGCCUCGGCCCUCAACAGCGCCCGACAUCUCGCCAACCGAUCCGCCAAUGUUUUUGUCUAUGAAACGUCUCCAUCGUUACUUACGUCGUCUACUGCGACAACAUCGCUAGGCAAGAAGCGACCCUCGCAGAAGAGAUCAAACUCCACUCUUACAUCUACAUCGUCCAGCACUAAGAAGAAAAAUGAUAGCGACGAUCGUGGUGGCGGGGAUGAUAACGACGACGACGACGGCGCUGAUGAACACGAUGAAAACGAAGCCAUGUAUGCAGAAGAGUUGGAACUCUUUCAAAUGACCAGCGGUCUUAAGAUUAAGAAUUCUGUAGAUUUUCAGAAACUUGGCAGCGUCGAUCUGAUAAUCUCCACGCUCGACAUCGAGGCAAACUCCGACGACAACAACACAGCCAACCUCCCGUCGGCAGCAGCAGCCACAGCAGCAGCGACAACAACGUCAGCAACGACUUCCUUUCCUUCAACUACAACCAAGACAGCGUCAAUUAUCAACAUCAUCGAUAUCACGUCGAAAAAGUUGACGUUACAGCAGCAGCAACAGCUGCAAGUUAAGCAGACUAACUCCUACGCCAUUCACUGGGCAAACUCCAGCAAGGCUCCAGUAUUUUCUAUAGAGCCGUCAGCCAUGCUCAAAGAGACAUCUGUCCCUUAUAAGAGGUCCUUCUUCUGCGCCCUUCCACCCUGGUUUGAUGGUCUGAAUGUGGGGCAAAUUAGUUUAUGUGACCCCGGCUGGCCCGUCAAAAUUUUCAACGAAGUCGGCCUCGCUUAUAAUUCUCCAUUUCAGGAUAAGUUUUUUGUUAGUUUGCAUCCGGUUUAAACUGGGUGCUUGUGUGUGUGUGUGUGUGUGUGUGUGUGUAUGUGUAUGUGUGUGUGUGUGUGUGAGUGGAGAGGAGGAAGAGAGAGAGAAAGAGAAUGGGAGAGAGAGAGAGACAGAAAGAGAGAGAGAGAGAGAGAGAGAGAUGGGAUUGAGGUGUGUUAGAUAAUUAUAUCAGUUGCUAUUUACAUGCUGUCGUCGUUUGUGAGUGUAUUGUGCUGAGGUGUUGUUUUGCGCGCAUGUGAUAGGAUUGAAUAGUUGAUUGAUUGAUUGGUUGGUGGAUUGAUUGA